CUAAUUCCUUUGGCCCAUGCAAUUGUCCGUAUUAAGUAGAGCCAAUUUUGCAGAGGUUGAAAAUUUUAGUGGGAGUGAGAGAAAAAGAGCAAAUUAGCGGAUUCUCAAGCAACUCCUCUUCUGGAAUCUUCUAUUUGUGCAAACCCCUCUCUUAUCGCCAAAUCUUACUUGGGUUUUCUUGUUUUUCUCUCUCCUCCGAUGGCUUCGCCUUCUCAAGCAUCACUUCUGCUUCAAAAGCAACUCAAAGAUCUUUGCAAGAACCCUGUUGAUGGGUUUUCAGCUGGAUUGGUUGACGAGAAUAAUUUGUUUGAAUGGAGUGUUACGAUUAUUGGGCCACCUGAUACCCUUUAUGAAGGGGGAUUUUUCAAUGCCAUUAUGACGUUUCCACAAAAUUAUCCAAACAGCCCUCCGCAAGUGAGGUUUACAUCAGAUAUAUGGCAUCCAAAUGUUUAUACAGAUGGUCGUGUUUGCAUAUCGAUUCUUCAUCCUCCCGGCGAUGACCCAAAUGGGUACGAGCUUGCAAGUGAGCGGUGGAGUCCUGUUCAUACGGUGGAAAGUAUCGUCCUCAGUAUCAUAUCAAUGCUUUCUAGUCCUAAUGACGAAUCUCCAGCAAACGUUGAAGCCGCGAAGGAAUGGAGGGAAGACAAAGAUGGUUUCAGGAAAAAAAUCAGUCGAUGUGUGAGGAAAUCACAAGAAAUGCUAUGAUGCACUUACGUAUCUCAAAGAUUCUCUGAGCUGCUUCAUUAGCUGUUUUUUAGGUGUUGCCAUUGUGCUCUAGCCUGGUACUAUGGGGGGAAAAAUUUAUGGGCAACUGUUUUAUAGAAGUACUUUGGGAUUUUGGCUGGGGAUCAGGUAAGUUAUUUUAAAGGUUUUGAAUGGGAUCGAGUAAGAUCUCAUGAAAAAUGCCUCGUACGCGUUGUUGGAUUCAUAACUUUUGAUAGUGCUUACUGCUUUUUUUGAGUCGAAAUGACUGUAUUUGUUCGGAUAUCUAGAAUUUCUGCAUUUAUAGCGGAUCAGAAAUUGCUGGAAGCUCAAUCAUUUGUUUGAGUUCACGCCUAUUUUUAGCCAAAUUGGCAAACACAUAUGGUUUGAAGUUUUCUUCUACAUUUAUAGGCAAAUCGGAAAACGGCGUAUGGUUUGAUCUUCUA